AACGAGCCAAACAUGGCAGCCUACAUGGUGUAACGAUAUAUUGAAUUAGAACUUGGAUUAAUCAAGUCUUGAUCAGAGUUAAUGAGCAGAGAUCUGAAGAAAAUAUGGCAGAAAGCAGCAGGAAUAGAUCACGCAGCAGUAGAAGAGAGAACUCAAAAAUCUUGGAGAGUUUAAUGUUCAAGAACCCUGGCAGGAAAGUAGCAGAGUUUGCUAACUUCAAACCAGAAGAAAGUGAGAGGGAAAAGCGUAAACUUCGUCGACUACAGGAAGAAGAGUAUCAACGUCACUUGCAGAAUCGCACCAUGUACGAUGCUAAUGGUCAUUUAUCAUCCAACGGUCAAGAUCUGUGUGAUUGUUUAGGUAAAGACUGCCCGGGAUGUCACUAUCCAUGCAAGGAAUGCGGGUCGGUCAAGUGCGGACCCGUCUGCAGAUGCAAAAGGAAAUGGGUUUUCGACCUGAUUGAAGAUGAGGGACAAAACUACUGCGUGAAAUACUGACUGUAUUGGAUUCUACUUGAAAGUGAAUGAUGAAAUUGGUUGGACUGGCCAUACUACCAUGGAGAACAUCAAUGGAAGCACUUCGGAUAGAGGUUCUAUUGUCAUUGAUAUGGUGGAUCAGAAUAGAUGAAACAGAAGGACUCCCAAGUGAUAUCAAUGUCACAUUCUGGACAUCCACUAAUGAAUGCAAGGACUCUGUGUAAGGCGGCAAUGAGGUCCCCCCUCCAAGUGACUUCUAUUCAUCGAAAAGAAAUCCUUGUUUGGGGACGAGUUCAUGAGUGAAGGAUAGAACUUGAUGGAAGCGACGGUUUCUUGAUUGGAAUCUUUUCAGUAGAAUAAAAUGUGUUCUACAUUCUAAUAAUGAAGACAGGUUUGGACUUGGAUGAAACAUGAGACAGGGUUUCGGCUGAAAAUAAUUCAUUUAUCAAAAUCAAAUGUGUGAUAUUAGAUGUUCUUUUCUGAGAGCCAGGAAUUUGUUAAGUAAAUGGAGUCCAUUUUGAUUCAUUAUUUCGGGUUAGGUGUUGAAAGAUUUUUGAAAAUGUUUCCUGAAUGUAACCCAGUCAUUUGACUUAAAUACCACUUUGUGUACAUUUAUUAGUGAAAGCAAUGCAGAGAAUAAUUUUCCUGGUAUCGCAUCGCGAUUUGCUCCGUAUUUUUUCU